GUCUUAGUUCUUGUAGUAUAAAUUCCCCUACAUUUACUGAAAUUUUCCCUCUUCUUCCCACCCCUGUUUCGAUUUCGUUUUCCCUCCUCCUUUCUCCAUUUUCCAUUGAUGACCCAGAAGCAGAAAAAAGGAGGAGAAAAAUGGUUGGAGUGAAUAGUUUUGGGAAAACCAUUUGCUCAAUUUGCUAUGAAGAUCUAAACCCUAUAAUCGAAGAUCUUCAAGCCGUUACUAUUUGUGGUCAUGUUUUUCACGAGCUAUGUCUUCAGCAAUGGUUUGAAUACUGCGCAAAAGGAAAGAAGAAGAAUUGCCCAGUUUGCAAACAGGCUUGUUCGGAAGAAAAUGCAAAUAGGCUUUAUUUCCAAUCUAUUGGUGAUCCAAAUGUUACAAGUCUUACGCAGAAGCCUCCUGAUUAUAAAGAGGAUCACCGGGAGUUGAAAAAUGAGGUCAAAAGAUUGGAGAGGAAAGUUGUUGGACUGACUUCCACUCUGGAAAAACAGCUGAAAGAUCUCAAAGACGUCAAUGCAGAGCUGUUCACGUGCAAGGAGGAGUUGAAAUUGGAAAUGACUCUAAAGAUUGAAGCUGUGAAACAGGAGGCAGCCAUUCAACAGUUGCUACAUCUUAAAUCCAAGGAGCUAGAUCAAUCAACUUUGGAGUGCAUAAGGCUACAAGAUAGAAAUAUGGCUCUAGCUAAGGAGCUUGCAACACUCAAGUUAGUCUGCGAUUUUAACUUGGAGGAAGAGGAGGUUUUGAAACGUGCUUUGUUAAGAGAUGAUAUUAAUAGCAAAGAGACAAUUGAUGUCUUGAAAAAAUCACUGGUCAUCCGUAACAAGAAUUACGAAGAACUGAUGACCAAGUGCAACACUCUAGACAGGCGAGAGGUUCGUUAUCUGAGGAAACUUCAGAAAACUAAAGAGAAGAAAAAUAACUUGAAGGCCAGGGUCCAAGAACUUGAGAUGGCACUUGAAGGAAAAGAUAAUGAAAUUUUGAGAAUUUCGAAAGCCUCCAAGAAAAACUAUCAAGGGAGUAAAGAACCCAAAGUUGACAGAUGUUCAUAUGAGAAUCAGAAUAAGGCACCUGCUGAGACAGAAGUAGAUGUAUGCAUCGUCACUGGCUCAUGUGAUGAUUUAUCUAGACCAAAGAGAAAAAGAAAGUAUAAGUCUAAGGAUAAGAGCAUACCAAACAUGGCAGAAGAUAUUAUAGCUAGCAGUCUUCACAAAAAUAAUCAUGAGAAAGAAUCUUCCAAAAGAAACAAAGAUGGAGGCACUCCAGAGACUUCCAGUUAUGUGCAUGAAGGAUCAUAUCAAAACUUGCACCAACCAUUUGACCAUAAAAAGGCUGUCCAUGAUAGUUUUUUGUCAAGGCCGGAGGCAGUUUUUGGGGCCACUGGUGGAAGUCUAGGGCAUGGAUCAGGAAAUAAGGAUGGAAUGUCAGCCUCAAGGAAUUGUAGCAAGAACAGUAAAGAAAACAUGCCCCCAGUGAUUAUUCUUGAUGAUGAUGAUGAUGAUGAUCUUCCGCCUUUAGAUGAUAUUACACAACACCAACCUGCAUUUCACAUCAGGAAAGAGACUUCUUCACCAGUUGUACUUGCCAAACCAGGAGACAGCUGCUUUUCUGGUGGAUUGUUAGGUCCUGAUGGGAAUUACUGGCACUUGGGAAAAUGGUGUAAGAGAAAGUAAACGACAAGGAUCUGGAUUGCUGUCUUGAUGCAAGGAUCAGGUGCAAGUGCUGGUGAUUUGAUUGCUGUAAGAGCUGAUGGUAGAGGUGGUUGGAUCAAAUUUCUGCAAUCCAAAAAUUCGGCAUCAGUGCAUAACAGUACUGAGAGGUUGCCAUCAUUACACCAAAUCAAGUAGUUCCCAGUCUCAAAGAUUCUUGCAAAUAGAUAGCUUCUUCAGAAGGGUCGGUAUAUACCUGUAUUCACAGUUAUGGAUUUCCUACUGUAAAGUAUCCAUCGAAGACGUAGAUAGUCCAUUCCCCUGUACAGUGUUUAGGGGUUUCAUUUCAGCAACCUAGUUGUACUUACAUUUGAUUGAUUCGUUAUGUUGCUCGAUCAAUACAUAUUGAAAGUGCGCCUCUGUGGUUCUGAAGAUAGCGAAAC